AUGCCUCUCGGUCCGUCCGUUCCAUCGCUCUCCUUCUUUCCCCCGCAAAUCGCUGUUCUUCCAGACUCAAUAAUGAAUUCGAAACCUCCUUUGAAACUCUUCAAACUGGCCCGUCCGGUUGCCUACAAGAUUCUGGACCAAAUGACGAUAAACGAAUUGUUCUUCCUGUCGCUAAUUCUGAAAAAAAGAAGGUUCGAGACGGUGGCGACGCUAUUGCUCAUCUGGGAGAAUCGCCUUCGAAGGAAUCGAUUCGAAGAUCGGUUACCGAGACAGCUGACGUGGAUUGGGGGCGAUCCGCCGACGAGAUCAAGGGAUGGAUCACAAAUUGUAAAGCUCACGAUUGGUGAGGGGAAGGGCUACGAGUGCAGGUAACUUUAUUGUCAAACCACCUCAUUCUUAUUCCCGUUUUCAGAGUUUGGCUCGAAUCCGACACAGCAAUAUACUGUCCGGACAAGCAGAUCGAAAAACCGUUCCUUCUUCUGUUCACUCAUUUGUCGGAAGUGUUCGGCAUGAAACCGAAGACCACGAUCUCGUGGAAAGAAUCAAGGAAAUGCAGCGACUCGAUUCCCGAUUCCUUUCAAAAUUUUCUAGAGCUUAUCAGAUGA